CGACUCCCCAAGUUCAGCUGCUGUAGUAACUCAUAAACAACACAGCACAGACAGACAUAAGGGACGGGACUUCAGCAAACGCAACACAUUUCUCCUUUAAGACUGCUGCACAAAACAGUUUUUACAUAUGUCAGCAUCAUCUAGCAGUGCGCUGGCUAAUGCAGAAUCCUCCUUCUCCUCCUCCAGCACUGCAGCGCAUGAUCAGUCUAUGGGUGUGACUGCGCCCUGCACCAUCUUCACCCUCGUCAUUUAGGACUAGGUCAUAUUUCACCUCAUAAUCACCUCGUAUUCAAACGGGAAAACUACGCUGGAAUUUUCGGAGACCGACUCGGACAUGUCAUAUGUCUUCAUCAAUGACUCGUCGCAGACCAGUGUACCGUUACUGCAGGCUUGUAUCGAUGGGGACUUGAGUUUCGCUAGGCGUCUGCUGGAGACCGGCUGCGACCCCAACAUCCGUGAUCACAGGGGCCGCACGGGACUGCAUCUGGCAGCGGCACGAGGUAAUGUGGACAUCUGCCGCUUCCUGCACAAGUUCGGCGCAGACCUGCUGGCCACCGACUAUCAGGGCAACACUGCACUGCACCUGUGUGGACAUGUGGACACCAUUCAGUUCCUGGUGUCCAAUGGUCUCAAAAUUGACAUUUGUAACCACAACGGGUCGACCCCCCUGGUGCUGGCUAAGAGGAGAGGGGUAAAUAAAGAUGCCAUUCGGCUGCUGGAAGGCCUGGAAGAGCAAGAGGUCAAGGGCUUCAACAGAGGAGCUCACUCCAAACUAGAAGUCAUGCAGAUGGCUGAGAGCGAGAGUGCGAUGGAGAGCCAUUCGCUGCUCAAUCCAAACCUACAGAACAGCGAGGGUGUCCUGUCCAGCUUCCGCUCCACCUGGCAGGAGUUUGUGGAGGAUUUGGGCUUCUGGAGGGUCCUGCUGCUGCUGGUGGUCAUCGCUCUUCUGUCUCUGGGCAUUGCUUACUAUGUUAGUGGCGUACUGCCCUUUUCUGCGAGUCAGCUGGAGUUGGUCCACUGAGUGCCAGAUUGUGUUACAUCCCGGGACAUGGCCAGUCAAGCUUUGAAGUAAAGGGAGGUUUGAGUGGACUCUGAAGGUACACUGAAGGUUCCUCAUAGUACAAGAUUAGGUCUAAUGUGAAGUUUAGAAACGAUCUUGUCAUUCUCACAGGUGAGGUCGAGUGGAGGCGUCCACAUGAUGAUGGCUGCGUUAUGAAGGAAGACUGAAAGGUAAAGGUUCAGAUGUUAAUGGAGGAAAAUGUUUCUUAAAUACACCCCAAGUAAACCCAUUUUUCACAGAUUUUCCCAUGAUCACUGAAUACAGCCAGUUGACAGUCGACACAUACACUUGUAAUAUCUCAAUGGUGAUGUAGACAACAUUAAAUUACAGUCGUAGGUUCGAUCAGGCAUGAUGUUUUCAUCCUAGUAUUUGCAUAUAUUUCUUUUCCAUCACCUUUACUUUUUUUCUGUAUAUGAAGUCUUUGUUGUGGACGUAUGGCUAGUAUAGACCAAACACUACACAUGCUUAUUUACAUAUCUAUGAUUCAUUUGUUUGAUUUACAUUGUUAUAUUUAAUAUUGUUUUAAGGUAUUUGUCUGUAAAAUGUUACAUAAACUAAUAAAUGGCCAUCAGGAAUUUCCUUUCUGUGCACAGAUGACAGUUUGUCAAAGGACAGUUAACCCUGUUCUGUUAAAAAGGAUCUUUCUGUUUGUUUAAUUUUUUUCUCAUCAUAAUAUACUUUCACACUUUGA